CACAGUCGCGUCCACGCUUGUGGUGAACAUCAAACGCAACAGCGUGGAUUAAACCUGCGUUUGAGUUAUUUAACCACGCGUCAGCACCCUUUAGCGUUUAAAUGCCCUGUUUGCGGUGGAUGGUAUAGUUUGACUCUUCGCGACACAAACGAUGGGGAAAGCCCCCAAAAAGCGGAGCGUGGCUGACAAAGUUCGCAAAGUUAAGGCCUCUGCUGAAAUCAAGAAUAACCCCUUUGAGGUGAAAAUCAACCGCAAGAAGUUCGAUGUUUUGGGGAGGAAAAGCAAGCACGAUGUGGGACUCCCAGGAGUGUCCCGCUCCAAAGCCAUCAACAAGAGGAAGGAGACCCUCUUGAAGGAGUACAAGCAGAAGAACAAGAGCAGCAAGUUCAUAGACAGGCGCUUCGGGGAGUACGACUUCAAAAUGGCGCCCGAAGACAAGAUCCUGCAGAGGUUUGCCAUGGAGAGACAGCGCGCCCACGAGAAGGACAUGUACAACUUGAACGAGGAGGAGGAGCUAACUCAUUACGGACAAUCUCUGUCGGAAAUGGAGAAGUUCACCGACAUGGUGAACAGCGACGACGAGUCGGAGGGGAAAGGACUUUUGUCGGCUGAGCUGACGGCCUCUCACUUCGGCGGUGGCGGGGGCCUCCUCAGGAAGAAGACCUCCGGGGAGCACCCGGACGACGAGGGAGGUCCGAAGGCCAAGUCUCGGCAGGAGCUGAUCGAGGAGCUCAUUCACAAGUCCAAACAGGAAAAAAGGGAGCGACUGGUGCAAAAGGAGGAGGCGCAGGAGCUGACGGAGAAGCUGGACCAAGACUGGAAGAGCAUCCAGGCGCUCAUGGUGCCCAAGAAGCCCAAAGCUCAGCGGGUGGAAACGCCACAGGCUAAACCAAAGCUGGAGGAGUAUGACAAGAUGGUGAGGGAGCUGGGCUUCGAGAUGAAGGCUCAGCCCUCGGAGAAGAUGAAGACCCCGGAGGAGCUCGCCAGGGAGGAGCGGGAGAAGCUGCAGAAACUGGAGGCGGAUCGACUAAGGAGGAUGAUGGGCGAUGAAGAGGUGGAAGGAGUGCCCAGUCGAAGUCACGUUUCGGCCGACGACAUCAACGACGGAUUCAUCCUAGACAAAGAGGACAAGAAAACUUUAGCCUAUCAGGAUGGCAAGUGGAACCUAGAGGAGGAGCCCGAAGACGAUGGAGAAAAAGGUGAAGAGGAAGAAUCCGAGGAAGGAGAGCCGGAGGAGGAAGAGGAGGAGGACGAUGGUGUCUGCAACGAGGAAGAUGAUGAUGAUGAAGAAGAGAAUGAUGAUGAUGAGGAGGAGGUGGGGGAAGAGGACGGUCAUUCAGACUUGGAGUCUGUUAGAGAAAGUGAAGCAGAGGAGGAGGAGGAGGAGAUCAAACCAAAGCAGACAAUAGAGGAGAGAAAGUCCCAGCAGGAAGCAGCCAAAGCGGAACUUCCAUACACGUUCAGUGUUCCAGAAUGCGCCAAAGACCUUGAAAAGCUACUUCAUGGUCACACCCCUGACAACCAGCGCCUCAUCGUGGCCCGGACUCAGAAGAGCAACCACCCCGGUCUGGCUGUGGGCAAUAAGCUAAAACUACAGAAACUGGUGGGUUUUCUUUUGGAGUACCUGGGAGAACUGGCCUGUCGCAGUACACCUGAACUCACCACCGUUGACAAGCUAAUUCCAGAGCUGUACAGCUUGUGUCAGAUGUUUCCGGAAGCAGCCUGUAAGUCCAUGCAGAUCAUCAUUGGAGAUGCUGCCCACAGCAUGGAGGAAGUGCUUGAAGUCAAGGGGAACGCUGCUUUCCCAACACUAGACAUGUUAAUCUACCUGAAGGUGGCAGCGUUGCUGUUUCCCACGUCUGAUUUCCGACAUCCCGUCACCACACCAGCGCUGCUUUACAUUGGCCAAGCUCUCACAAAGUGUCCGGUGAGAUCGUUAGAGGACGUGACAUCUGGUUUAGUGUUGUGCUGUCUGGCGGUGGAGUACGUCUCCUUUUCCAAGCGCUUCCUGCCCGAGCUCAUCAACUUCCUCUCCGGAACGCUACACCUGGCUGUGCGGGACAAGCCCUCCGCAGGUUACAGCGUCGUUCCACCUUUUAGAAGGACAGGGAAACACAGCAGUCUGCUGGUGCUUUUGGAUUCUGAAUCUUGGAAGAGCUGGAGUGGGAAAACCUUGCCGCUGUCUGCCACGCAGGGCCUAACCCUGCAGAAUGACGUUGACGCAGAUCACUACAGGUUGUCGUGUGUAUCCAUGUGCAUGGAGCUGCUAAACAGAUGCUGCGUGCUCUACAAGGAGCUGGCUUGCUUCACGCACAUCUUCCAGCCAAUCAGUGUGCUGCUUUCGCAGCACCUCUCCUCUAACGUAUUACCAGAGCCUUUAAGGGAGCUUCGGGCAGAGAUCUUGGAGGUCCUCGGCGGCGCUCGCGAUGCUCGCGGCCACCUGGUGUUCGAGAAGAAGAAGCCUGUCCCUCUGAAACUCUUCACGCCCAAGAUUGUGGCGGUGUUGGACUACGGGAAGAAGCGCGGCGUGACCAGAGAGCAAAAAGAAGAGCACCGACUGCGUCACAAGUACAAGAAGGAGUUCAAGGGAGCGCUGAGGGAGAUCAGGAAGGACGCUCGCUUCCUGGCCGGCGAGAAGCUCAGCAACGUCAUGAGAAGGGACGCGGAAAGGAAGAGGAAGGUGAAAGAGCUCUUUGGCAGCUUGGCCACGCAAGAGGGAGAGUGGAAGGCCCUCAAGAGGAGGAAGAGGAAGUGAGCGCCUCUGCCUCACAUGGUUAUUUUUUACUUGCAACUACACAGUUGUGGACAUUUUCAUCUUGGCCUUUGUGUCAACUCCACACGUACACAGUAGUCAUCGUGUUACAAUACACGCAUUCAUCAAUAAUGUCUUCUAAAGUGUCUUAUUUGCUGUCACAGUUUCAGUGACGAUCAUCAAUAAUUAGCAGAUAAGAUGGUCAAGGUGCACCUAAUGAAAUGUCUGAUACAAUAAAGAGCAAUUUCUGGUGUUAAA